AUGGCAAUAAUACCCGUCGGGUCGGGUUCCCAUCGGGUCUCCAGGCCUAACGGGGGAGUUUUCAGGGGGAAAUUGGGGCCGGGUACGGGGAUUCCCGAAUUUGCAAAAUCCCCGACUGGGGAUGGAAUUGUUAUCCCCAUCCCCGAACCCAGCCCGAUAAAUAUGGGAGGCACUUCCUCGACGGGGACGGGGACGGGAAUGAAGAGCGGGGACGGGGAUGAUAUUGCCAUAUCUGGCCCCUAA